CUCUCAUUGCGCGUAUUAGUAAAAAAAGAACCUAGUGUGUUCAAGACAACUGCUUUAUUUUCAUUAAAUUGUUGUUCAUUCAGCAUUCAAUGUAUCAAUACCGUAUCAUCCAAUAGGCCGCCCGAAUCAGAAUGGCUUCGUCAGUCUAAUUUACAUUUACGUUUAUCGAAUUUAAGAAAUUAUUUUCGACAUCAUCAUCAUUAGUUCCCGUAGUCCAACUACAAUAUUCAACAAAAAAUUUAAACUCAAACCUCAGGAAUGACCGUCAUGGCCAAAGAUUCAGUAUCAUCAAUCCUAGAAAAUGCGGAUUUUGCGCGGCAAAGUGCAUUGAAUGGUGCGUACGAUGAUGCUGGGAUUUACUAUCAAACUACACUGCAGUCGAUACAAAAGCACAUGUCAACCAUAGGUGACAAUCCAAUGAGAAAAGGUCAAUGGACAAUGAUUCUCCAGAAAAUCCAGAAAGAAUACCAACAGCUCAAGUCAUUGCAGACACUGUUGCAUGAGAUAAGCGUAGACUUUCAAAAUCCACCGUCUCGGCCGUCGUUACGUCGACAGAAUGUUGCUUAUCAAGAGCCACAGGCAGCAAAUCCGGCUGCAUUCUUCCAAGCCGAUCGCGAUGACUGUUAUAGUAUGCCAGUGCCGGGACGUGAUCCUGAUGUUUUCGGUGAUCCAGUUGAACCGAGAUCGAAACGCACUUCAGCGGCAACUAAGAAACCGGUUAGGGGUCAGGCACCAGUAAGACCGAGUAUUUCUGGAAAGAAACCGGAUACGUCCAAGCAAAAGAAUAUGCCGAAUGUGCGCACAGGAACGGGAAAUAAAAGGGCAACUACGAACGGUGUGACAAAUACAAAUCCAACGGGUGAAGAUCCGAAAGAGGAGACUAAAGAGGAACCAGAGGAAGAAAAGAAAUUUGAAGCCGGAAAUCAUAUGGAAGUGGACUUGGUGGAUAUGCUAGAGCGAGACAUUUUGCAAAAAAAUCCGAAUAUUCGCUGGGACGACAUUGCUGAUUUACAUGAAGCCAAACGAUUGCUCGAAGAGGCCGUAGUUCUUCCAAUGUGGAUGCCUGACUAUUUUAAGGGAAUCCGACGGCCAUGGAAAGGCGUUUUGAUGGUUGGCCCGCCAGGAACCGGGAAAACAAUGCUCGCCAAGGCUGUGGCAACCGAAUGCGGUACAACCUUUUUCAAUGUGUCCUCGUCCACUUUAACUUCCAAAUAUCGUGGCGAGUCGGAGAAAAUGGUUCGGAUUCUGUUCGAAAUGGCCCGAUUCUAUGCACCGAGCACUAUUUUCAUCGACGAAAUUGAUUCGCUGUGCUCGCGGCGAGGAUCCGAAACCGAGCACGAAGCUUCUAGACGAGUGAAAUCCGAAUUGUUGGUCCAAAUGGAUGGUGUGGGCAGCGAAGAAGCGUCAAAGGUGGUGAUGGUGUUGGCAGCAACCAAUUUUCCGUGGGACAUCGAUGAAGCGCUUCGUCGCCGAUUGGAGAAACGAAUUUACAUCCCACUGCCGAACGAUGAGGGUCGUGAGGCAUUGCUCAAAAUUAAUUUACGUGAAGUGAAACUGGAUCCCAGUGUGAAUUUGGGCGCCAUAUCCAGAAAAUUGCAGGGAUAUUCUGGUGCUGAUAUUACGAAUGUGUGCAGAGACGCGAGUAUGAUGUCGAUGCGUCGGAAAAUAGCUGGCCUGAAACCGGAACAAAUUCGUCAAUUGGCCACCGAGGAAGUGGAUUUGCCGGUGUCUGAACAAGAUUUUAGCGAAGCAAUUGGCAAAUGCAACAAAAGUGUUUCGCGGCAGGAUUUAGAAAAAUACGAGCAAUGGAUGCAAGAAUUCGGAUCGUCAUGAUGUGGUUGAAGGAUGUGUCGAAUGCUGUUUAUGUCGUCGCCGGCAAUAAGAAAAAAGACAAUUUUGUGGAUGUGAGGAAAUAAUAUGAGUGGAAGAGAUGCACUGUGCAAUAUCACUGUUUUUAGGCAAAACUAAUCAAUUAAACAAAAAGAAAACUUUGUAAAUAAGGGAGGAGUCGUAGGAGUCGUAGAAGUUGUUAUAAGGUCAAACGAAAAAAGUGGAAACUAAUAGACUUACAAAAAUAUGAAAACAAUUAAUUUUGGGGGAACAAUUUUACUUACAUUUAUACCAAUUGUCCAUCACACAGAUACAAUUUUCCAAUUGAUUUCAUAAUUUAUUAAAAACGAAAAUCGAAUUUCUUACUAAAAA